AUGGGAUCUAUUGGAGAACAACAAUUUACCGUGCCGAAUCCCUUCCGGACUCGCAUUUUGAAUGGCCAAGUCACACCAAUCGUGACUAUCAAGUAUGCCAUCGGGAAUGAAAUUCCAAUGAUGGCCAAGAUGGCCGGCUUUCACGGCGUCUUCAUCGACAUGGAGCACUCGGCCUUCUCGCUUCGUGAGGUCUCGCAACUCAUCCUUGCCUGCAACUACGUGGGUGUCUCGCCUGUCGUCCGCUCUCCUUCCAAAUCUCAUUGGCACAUUAGUCGCAUUCUCGACGCCGGAGCCGCAGCCGUUGUGAUCCCACAUAUUGAGUCAGUCCAAGAAGUUCGAGAUAUUGUACACCACGCAAAGUAUGCGCCUAUUGGUGCUCGUGGCUGCACAAACAAUCAGCCAGCUUUCAACUUUCAACACAUUCCAACACUUAAGCAAAAUGAGGCAUUAAACUCACAAACGAUGCUUAUUCCAAUGAUUGAAACUCCGGGGGCUGUGGAUCUUGCAGAGGAGAUCUUCGCGAUUGAGGGUGUCGAUGGGGUUUUGAUUGGCUCCAACGACCUCACUACGGAUCUGGGCAUCCCCGGAAAAUAUGAUGACCCCCUGUAUCUGGACUCUGUAACCAAAAUUAUCAAUGCUGGAAAGAAAUACGGCAAGCCUAUCGGUGUUGGUGGCAUUGGAGGACGUCUGGAUCUUUUGGAGCGGUGGUUCUCGCUAGGUGCUACCUGGUCGUUGAGUGGGCAAGAUGGAGCAAUCUUGCAGAAGGCGUUCAAGCAAAUUGUUCAAAAUUACGAAGAGAUUGAUCAAAGGUUGCAAAAGCAAAGUAAAUAG